UUAUAUUUCUUCCAAUUUACAAUAACCCACAGGUCAACGUGAGAGUGGAAAAAUGGAAGCUUGCAGGAAGCGGUGUGAAGAAGCUAUGGAGUCGAAGAGCAAUCCCAACUUCAACUCUCUUACUCUUCUUCACAACGCUCUCAUCAUCACCAUGGAUUCCCACAGUCGAGUCUUCCGAAACGGCGGAAUUGCUAUCUCCGGUGACAAAAUCAAGGCCAUCGGUCACUCUUCCGAAAUUCUCCACCAAUUCUCUGCUUCUGCUCACUACAUUAUUGAUCUUCAUUCUCAAAUCUUGCUCCCGGGGUUUAUUAACACGCAUGUCCACACUUCUCAGCAGCUUGCGAGGAGCAUAGCCGACGAUGUGGAUUUGAUGACUUGGUUGCACCAUCGUAUUUGGCCCUACGAAUCCAACAUGACUGAGGAAGAUUCCUACAUUUCCACUUUGCUUUGUGGUAUUGAACUCAUUCAUUCGGGUGUAACAUGCUUCGCUGAGGCAGGGGGUCAACAUGUAUCUGGGAUGUCUAAGGCUGUAGAGUUGUUGGGUUUACGGGCGUGCUUAACUCAGUCAAUAAUGGACUGUGGGGAAGGGUUGCCAGCUCCUUGGGCUGCCGUAACAACUGAUGAUUGCAUUCAGUCUCAAAAGGAGCUUUACAAGAAGCACCAUAACACAGCAGAUGGGCGCAUCAGAAUAUGGUUUGGUAUCAGACAAAUUAUGAAUGCAACAGAUCGUCUAUUGAUUGAAACAAGGGAUAAUGCAUUAGAACUCGAAACCGGGAUCCAUAUGCAUGUUGCAGAGAUAGCCUAUGAGAACCUGAAAGUGAUAAAUGAACGAAAAGUUGAUCAUGGAACAGUUACGUACUUGGAGAAAAUACAGUUUCUGGGAAAGAAUUUACUUUCUGCACAUACUGUUUGGGUCAAUGACAAUGAGAUUAGUUUUCUUUCAAGGAAUGGGGUCAAAGUAUCCCACUGUCCAGCUUCUGCAAUGAGAAUGCUUGGUUUUGCACCUAUCAGAGAGAUGCUUGAUGCUGGUAUUUGUGUUUCCAUUGGAACAGAUGGAGCACCAUCAAAUAAUCGAAUGAGCAUAGUUGAUGAGAUGUACCUUGCAUCGCUGAUUAAUAAAGGCCGGGAAGUCUAUGCAAAUGGAACAACCAACCCCUCUGUUCUCCCUGCUGAAGUAGUCCUACAAAUGGCGACAAUAAAUGGAGCAAAAUCAGUACUUUGGGAUAAUGAAAUAGGAUCACUUGAAGUUGGGAAGAAGGUAGAAACUAGUGUGGAUAUUGCUCAAUCGUGACGGUUUCAGAGCUUAACUAUGACUUACUGGGCCUUUGGUCAUUAUAUAGGCCCAUUGGCAGAUGUAAUAAAUUAUUUGUGACAAAAAAUUCUGUUUUUGUCAUGCUGAUAACGGACUGUUACAAUGUCUAAAUAUUUGUGAAUGUUUAAGUUAGUACUCAUGCGUCGAUGUGAAAAUACUCAUAGGACUUAAGUUCAUGACAUGGCGACACGCCAUUUUCCAAAAAAGUAGGACACGACACGUUGGGGUCUAUGGGGACACAAAUUGUUGUGCAGGACCUUGUACUAACCCAUUUGAAUUUAAAUAACUAUUAACCAAUGUAAUUCCAAGCAUAUCAAAGUUAUGUAUAAAGAACAAAGGGCUUUUUUUGGAGUUAAAUUGGAUAAAUAAGACCACUGGCAUUUCUGCUGGUUUAGCAACUAAUGCAACCUGUUUUUUUCAAAUGUU